ACAAUCUUCUCCUCCUCGGAAUCAAAUCAUCCUUACUUUGGGCUUUUGAGUCGAUUUGAAAAGGAUCACCAAGUUCUUUUCCAUAAUGGAGACUUUGCCGCGCAGAGCUGAUGAGGGGACGGACCUCAAGGCGUGGUAAAAGUUUCUCACCGAGCCAUGCAGAGCAACAGCAGCUCGUCAGCACCCAUGGGUGCUCUGAGCGUGUGCGGAGGGGAGGAGGACGAGCGGGAACUGUCCAAACUGCUCCACUCCGACCUGGCCGCCUUGAACCUGUCCCUCAACUGCUGGCUGCACAUCCUGUCCAAGGAGUCCUCUGUGGACCUGCAUGGAGACAAUGUCAACAUGGCGGUUCGAGUACUCAUGGCCUUGGUCUACCUGGUGAUGUGUGUCCUCGGUCUGGUGGGCAACCUCCUGGCGCUCUUCCUGCUCCGCCUCCGCCGCCGCGGCCGGCGCCACUCCUCCGUCGACUGUUUCGUGAUGAGCCUGGCGCUCACCGACCUCCAGUUCGUCCUCACCCUGCCCUUCUGGGCGGUGGACACGGUGCUGGACUUCCGCUGGCCCUUCGGCAGGGUGAUGUGCAAGAUGGUGAGCUCGGUCAGCACCAUGAACAUGUACGCCAGCGUCUUCUUCCUCACCGCCAUGAGCGUCACCCGCUACCACUCGCUCCUCACCUCCAUGAAGGCGGCCAGUCCCAGGGCGGCGGCCGCUCGGGCCAGGUGGGCCAGCGUGGCCAUCUGGGCGGUGUCACUGGUGGCCACGCUGCCCCACUCCAUCUACUCCACCACCGUGCAGGUGUCCGCCGACGACGAGCUCUGCCUGGUCAGGUUCUCCGAAUCAGACUCGGGUCGCUGGGAUCCCCAAGUUCUCCUCGGACUCUACCAGACGCAAAAAGUGCUCCUGGGAUUUGUGGUUCCUUUGAUCAUCAUCAGCGUGUGCUACCUCCUCCUCCUGAGGUUCAUCCUGAGCCGGCGGGUGGUGGGCAGCACGAUGGGCGGGGCCGCCGCACUGAGGUCCGAAGGCGAGCGAGGACGCCACCGCCGCCGCUCCAAAGUCACCCGCUCCGUCACCAUCGUGGUUUUGUCCUUCUUCCUGUGCUGGCUGCCCAACCAGGCCCUGACCUUGUGGGGGGUGCUGAUCAAGUUUGACCUGGUGCCCUUCAGCAAGGCUUUUUACAACACCCAGGCCUACGCCUUCCCCCUGACCGUCUGCCUGGCCCAGGCCAACAGCUGCCUCAACCCGGUCCUCUACUGCCUCACCCGCCAGGAGUACCGCACCGGACUCAAGGAGCUCCUUCUCCGGGUUUCUCUCUCCGUCCAGAACCUUUUCGCACACGCCCGGGGGGAAAGGAGAGUGGAGGUAGCCCCGCCCACUUUGGGGACGACACACAAAGACGACUUGUGACUUCAGCCAUAUUGUUUUUUUUUACUUGGGUCUUGAAGGCAGACCCACCGGAUCUGGAUGGUACUUCAAGUGCAGUGGAACCGCCAACAGUGAACCUCUCCGUUCAAAGAUGCUGAAGUUGUCAUUUCAAACAUGUUGUUCCGUAGCGUGCAGUCGUACCUCAACUUAGGAACUUAAUCGGUUCCGUGACCAAGCUCUUAACUCAAAUCAACGUCUUCCUUUGGAAUAGUUUCCCCGCCCCCUCCCAAAUAGCAACAUUUUAAAAUGACUUUUGAAAGGAAAAAAACAAGCAAAAAAACACCUCAGAAAAAACUUGGCUUUCCAAGUGUCAGGUUCAAACACUGAUGACAUCUAUUAAACAAGACAAGAAGCAAGGAAUUAAUCAGAGACAGAAUUACAUUUAGCUCAAUGAGGAGAAACGCGUAGACCUGUGACCUCGUACAGUGUCCCACCAAGAUUGUAGGCCUCCUCUUAUUAUUUGGACUUUCCCUGAUUACAUGGCAACAGCUGUUUCUAAAAGGGACAGGGGUCGUAAACACCCGCUGCCUUUGGUCACAAAACAGAUCAAA